AUGGGUGAAAAUGAAAAGGAUCAAUUGACUGCUUUGUCGGAAUCAUUACCAACAAAAACAUUACAUCAAUAUAAAACAUUUAAUACUCAAUAUAUUCAAUGGUUAACUAAAUCAGAUAAAAAUAUUACCACUACUACUUACGAUAGUUUGCCUCUAUCUUCUAUUCUGAUACAUAGGUUUCUUUUGGAUACUAUCAUUACAAAGACAAAAUAUUCUAAUAAAUUAUUACCUUUAUUAACAUCAUAUAUUAAUAGUUUUAUCUUUUUACAAAAAAUUUGUAUCAUUCAUGGUAAUAAACAGAUUGAUAUCGAUUCAAAUUAUUUGGAUUCGAUAUUAAAUAUUCAUCAACAUUGGUUUGACCUUAACGAUGAAGUUUUGAAUUUACCAACUUUAUCAAUUAUUUCAUUUAACGCUUGGAAUCCUUUUACUCCACAUUUGAAAAAGACACAUUUUAAAUCAACUUUAGAAAAAUUAAAAUUCUUAGUAGAUUUCCAUUUAAUGACUUAUUUAGGUGCAAAUUAUUCAGAUAGAUCCAUGCUAAAAAUUCAUGAUUUAAAAUGUAACGAUAUUAAUAAAUAUCAAUUAGUAAUUGAUAAUAAUACAAAUAAUUUAACAAGUUCAAAAUUGAAACCACAAAGGCAUUUAUUGCCUCAGAAUUCACCAAUGUUAUGUCCAUUUACCUCUUUAGCAACAUAUUUGUUUUUCAAAUUUUAUGGAGUUAUCGACAGUUCAAAAGGUGAUGGGUUUCCGAAUCUGUUUAAUGAAGAAUUAAUAUCAUCGAUGACAAUCAUUAAUGGAAGAUUAUUAUCAAAUUAUCCAAAAGAUUCAACUUUAAAUUCGGCUUAUAUUUCAAUGUUUAAAUAUUGUAAUCAACCGUAUAAAAGAAAAAAUUAUUUUGAUACUAUUGCAUUCCCAUACCCUGAUUUUACACAGGAACAAAUCGAUCUAAUGAAUAAAGAAUCUAGUUUUAUAGAUGGAAUUCCAUUUGAUAUAACCGCUGUUUUCAAUAUGAGAUCACCAUAUCAACCUUAUAACUCGUUUAAUGUUAAUGAUUUCUUUAAGGAAAGAGGUCAAGUGAAACCACCGGAGUCAAUAGUCUUUCAAUUCUUCCAAGAGAUAGAAUUUUAUAAGCAACGGAAAAAUUAUAAUAAAUUGACCAUAGUAUCAAGAAACCUCUUGAAGACCUUAGAGAUGAUUAGGUUGAUCUUUGUAGCAAACUUACCAAUUAUUCAUAAAACAUUCCCAGAUCAUGAUCUUUUCAAGCAUUCAAUCUUUGAAAAUACCGAUAUUAUAUCAUUCUUAAAUGAUUCAAUAUUCCAAACUAAUAAUAUUUCUAAUAAAUUUUUGCCUUUGGUGAAUUUAAAUAAUGUAGAUGAUGAACAACUAAUGAAACAAUUGAUUGAAAUGGCUCCAUCCAAUAUCGUCUCACAGCAAUCACCUACCGCACUUGCAUCUACUACAAUGCCAAUUCCAUCUGUAUCUAUUAGUGAUGAUGUAUUAGAUGAAUUUAGAAAACAGAAUUUCCAAUUUGUUCAAUUUCAAACAUUAUCCAAUUUCAAAACAUUAAUAUCAUUUUUAACUAAGAUUUUCGAUAAUAUGACCAUAAAGAGAUCCUCGAAGGAAACAAUAUCUAAACAAUUGACAUUAUUGAACGACUCGAUUAUUGAAAGGAUAAAUAAUUCCACACCAAAGGAUAUCAAAGAUUACUUUCUGAAGAAAGAAUUGAUAAGGCAUAAAAGUGAACAACUGAUUCAAUACGAUGAUGAAAACAACAAUAAUAAUAAUAAGAACGAUGAUAAUGUUGAUGGUGGAAAUGAUACCUCGAUGAUGCUUCCUCAACGUAGGUUGUUAUCUGACAGCGACGAAUCGGGUGCUUCAUCUUUUGAUGAGGAAGAACCAUUAAGUGAUACGGAAUCUAUGCAAGAAGAAUUGAAAUCGAUGGUGGAAGAAUUCGUCACAUCUAAAGUUGAUAGAAUUAUUUCUCAACAUUUAUCCAAUUUCGAAAAUAAGUUAGAUUAUAUCGUUGAUUCAUUAGUUGAUGAAAAAAUUGAUAAAAAAUUACAAAAGAUUGAUUUUACAAAAUACAUACCGAAAAGGAAAAUUUCAGAUUUGGAGAUGAAUGAAUCUUUAGAUGAUAUACAACCUUUAAAGGUUCACCAUACUAAUCCAUACAAGAAGAUAAUACAAGAAUCAAAAUUUACAAUUAAGAAUACAGAUUCUAUCUUAACCUCUAAUGAUUCCCAUUCCACUCCAAAACGGACAACCUUAACACCUGAACAGCAACGACAAUUCUUUUCCAUGAACGAGAAUAUAACAGACAUCGAUGAUGUAAUACUGGAAUGGUUUACACCAAAUCCAAAUAUGGGUAACCAAUGUGUACAUUCUAUGAACAAGACUCAUGAUAAAUCAUGGAGAACCGAAUUCGAAUCAUUAUACAAACAAAGGAAACAAAUCGUUGAGUUUUACGUUUAUCUAAUUAAUACAGUAAAAUAUGAUAGGUAUAAGGCUAUUGAUGUUUGUAAUGAAAUAAUGGAAAAAAAUCAUCUAUCAAUUAAAGAACUUUCAAAAUUUUUGAAAAGCUGGAAAAAGAAUCACCUGUCGUCAUUCGAUGGAAUUAUUUAA